AUGAACGGAGCUCCAGCCCAGAAGUUCAAGGUGGCCGACAUCUCGUUGGCUGCCUUUGGUCGCCGGGAGAUUGAACUCGCCGAGGUCGAGAUGCCUGGUCUGAUGGCCAUCCGAUCGAAGUAUGCCGCCGACCAGCCUCUCGCCGGUGCCCGAAUUGCUGGCUGCCUGCACAUGACCAUCCAAACUGCCGUCCUCAUUGAGACCUUGAAAGCAUUGGGCGCCGAAGUUACCUGGUCCAGCUGCAACAUUUUCUCUACCCAAGAUCAUGCCGCCGCUGCCAUCGCUGCUGGCGGCACUCCGGUCUUCGCGUGGAAGGGCGAGACAGAGGAAGAGUACGAAUGGUGUCUUGAGCAGCAACUGAAGGCCUUCCCAUCCGGCAAGACCCUCAACCUCAUCUUGGACGAUGGCGGUGACUUGACUGCUCUCGUCCACAACAAAUACCCCGAGAUGCUCAAGGGCUGCUACGGUGUCUCUGAAGAGACUACAACCGGUGUCCACCAUCUCUACCGCAUGCUGAAGGGCAACAAGCUGUUGAUUCCUGCCGUCAACGUCAACGACAGCGUCACAAAGUCAAAGUUCGACAACCUGUACGGCUGCAGAGAGUCCCUCGUGGACGGUAUCAAGCGUGCUACCGACGUCAUGAUUGCUGGCAAGAUUGCCGUCGUCGCUGGCUACGGUGAUGUGGGCAAGGGUUGUGCUCAGGCUCUUCACAGCAUGGGCGCUCGUGUUCUCGUCACCGAAGUGGAUCCCAUCAACGCUCUCCAAGCCGCCGUGUCUGGGUACCAAGUUCUCACCAUGGAAGACGCUGCUCCUCUGGGCCAGAUCUUUGUUACGACGACUGGCUGCCGAGACAUCAUCGUCGGCCGCCAUUUCGAAGUGAUGCGCCACGACGCCAUCGUUUGCAACAUCGGUCACUUCGACAUUGAGAUCGACGUCGCCUGGUUGAAGAAGAACGCAAAGAGCGUCCAAAACAUCAAGCCCCAGGUGGAUCGCUACACCAUGCCCAGUGGCCGCGCCAUCAUCCUCCUCGCUGAGGGUCGUCUUGUCAACUUGGGCUGCGCCACCGGCCACUCUUCGUUUGUCAUGUCGUGCUCUUUCUCCAACCAAGUCCUCGCUCAGAUCAUGUUGUACAAGGCCGAAGAUGAGGCCUUCGGCAAGAAAUACAUCGAGUUCGGCAAGAGCGGCAAGAAGGAGGUCGGUGUCUACGUCCUGCCCAAGAUCUUGGACGAACAGGUUGCUCUUCAGCACUUGGCACAUGUCAACGCCAAGUUAACCAAGUUGACCCCUGUCCAAGCCGAGUAUCUGGGUUUGGAUGUCGAAGGGCCCUUCAAGUCCGACAUUUACCGUUACUAG